AUGCAAGAUACUGUAGAUAUGAUGCUCUUAUAUUCAUUGUUAACCGGAUUAGCUAGUUGGGGUUUAUCUGAUACAACAGCUAAUGGUGAUUCAUCACAUUAUACCAGUUGUAAUUUGGAAGCUUUGGGUAAAGUACGACCAGAUAAUCGUAAGCUAACAUUUCAUCAAGGUACAACGACAAUUGUCAUCGAAGAUUCCAGCUCAUAUCAUUGCUCAUUCGGUCUUUAUACCGAAGAAUUAAUCUUUUCUUAUUCAU